AUGAGCGGAAUAGCAGCACCUAAUGAACCCCUGGAUAUGAUCAGGCUGUCAUUGGAUGAGAAGGUGUAUGUGAAGCUGAGAGGGGCCAGAGAGAUGGUUGGAAAGCUACAUGGUUACGACUCGCACUGCAAUGUCGUUCUUGGAGAUGCUGUGGAGACAAUCUACGAAGUUGAUGAUACUACGCUCGAAACCAAGGUAAGUACACUAUGUGGGUGCUCCAAAAAACAGACGAGGACUAACAAAUUACAGACUACCACCAAGAAAUCAGAUAUGUUGUUCAUUAGAGGUGACUCUGUGAUUUUGAUAAGUACGGUAUCGGAAUAA